GAUUGUGAAAUUAAACGCGUCAAUAACAUUAAGAACUUCCUCGCAUUUGCGUCCAGAAUUGACAUUGACUACUCCUGCCCUUUUAUAAUUAAUUUGAUUCCUCUAUAAAGUCUCUGAACUCCUUUACAGGCUGUUUAUUGAUCUAAAUAAUGGCUAAUUCUGAAGCCUCUCCUCUUGUUCCUCGUUUUUCUUUUUUUUCUUUCACGCAUCCAUGGAAAUACCAUGUCUUUCUGAGUUUUCGAGGGGAGGAUACACGUAACAAUUUCACAGCCCAUUUGUGCAGCGCGUUGCGUCUGAGGGGAAUCAACACCUUCAUGGAUGAUGAGCUCUCAAGAGGGGAAGAUAUAUCAGGAGAGCUUCUCCAAGCAAUUGAAAAGUCAAAAAUUUCAAUCAUCGUGUUCUCUGAAACCUAUGCAUCCUCCAAGUGGUGUCUGGAUGAACUCGUCAAGAUUCUUGAGUGUAAAGAAUCAAAAAAACGACUGGUUCGACCGGUCUUUUACAGAGUGGAUCCCUCGCAUGUACGAAACGUUCAAGGCACUUUUGGUGAGGCACUUGCUAAUCAUGAACGCAAUUCAUCCGUGAGCUCAGAGAAAGUACAAAAAUGGAGAACAGCUCUAAACCAAGCAGCAAAUUUGUCAGGGUGGACUCUACUGAACCAGCUGGUCCUUGUACUCUCAAACAACAUCACCUGAGUCCAAAUUUUGAAUCCGGGUCCAACAAUGACGUCACUAUAGUCGUUGGAGCCGACAGCAUGGCCAACAAGAAGGGCAAAAUGGACAUUUUAAAAUAAAAAGAUUUAAAAAAAAAAAAACUCCAACCUCCCCCCUCUCUCUAAUGGAGCCGACAGCAUAGUCCUCCUUCUCUCCCCCUCUCUCUCUCUCUCUCUCUCUCACACAAAAAAACGCAACCCCGAGGCCUCAAACACCGCCUCACCGACGGCCGUUCCAUUACCUUCAACGCCCAAUUCGCCGACAACCACCAAUCCAUUGUCUUCAUCUCUCGAAUCACCAAUCCAUUAACUUCAAUGCCCACUUUGGCCUCACCCCUCACCGCCACCCUCACUACCGCCGAUCAUCGCGCCGCCACCGAAGUAAUCUACUCCUGAACUCCCUCUAAAAUCACCAAAUUGAAGCAACUCCGGAUCUGCAAUUUCAAGAUCCAAAAUCGGAAAUUUCCAGAUCAAACAUAUAUUCAAAGAAGGAAGGAAGGGCGAGUUGCCAUGUUUUACGGUGAUGUUUGGAUUCGAACCAGGUAUCAAACUUCGUCUAAUUAUCGACGUCUACAUGUCUGUUACUUCGGAUUUCACUUCAAGUUCAUGUUUUGAGAAUUGAGAUUUUGAUGUUACUGUUCAUUUCGGGUUUCACUGUUCAAGAUUGUCUGUUGAUAUUUGUUGUCCAUUUCCGACUAUAUAUAUGAACAUGAGAUCGUGAUUCUUAUUGUUGGGUAUAACUGAAUUCAAGGUUUGGUUGAAUUUGGAGAGUUGGAGUUUUGGGUUUUGUGGCUACUGCAUAUUCAUGGAUCCGGUUUGGUACCAGCUCUGGGAACCAUUGUGGGUCUUGUGACCGAGGCCAUGGUUGGGCAAGAAGGGGAAGAGGUCGCCGAACAAGGGGUAGCUGGAGUAGUUGGAGAGGAGAUUAGGUUGAAAGUGGAGGGGAGCCGCCGGAUGUGGAUCCAACGGUCGGCGCAGUCCAUUGGGUUAGAGUCGAAUUGAUCGAUUAAAGACUCGGAAGCUACCAGCGCGAAGAAAAAGAAAGGGAUUAGUAAGGGGGAAUUGCAGGAGGCCAUGAUGGAGAAGAAGAGAGAAAUAGGGAAGUGGGAUUUCAUGGGUUUGGGUGGGUUGAACUUUGAAGAAGAGUUGAAGGAGUCAGGUUCUUGGCCGAGAAGAGCAUGCGAAUGUUGAUGCCCAUGUACUGGACGCCUACCUGUUGUAGAUCAAACUGGGGGUUCUUGGCUUUCACGCGCGAGGAUGACGGCGAGGACCAGCAAGGGAAGGAAGGAGAAGAGCAGUAGCAGCCUCUGAAGGAAGCAGAGGUCGAGGAGGAGAACGAUGGAUACGACGUAGUUGGGUUUAUUUUUUGGUGAAUUUAGGCCCAAAGGUUAGUUUGGGAAUUUAGCCUAUUUAGGGAUUGAAAAGCUGAAAAGUGGGGCCUCAUGUCGGCUCGAACUUAGCUUGUGACGUCACAUUUGGAGGAUAAUUUGAAAUUUGGACUUGGCUGA